AAUUUUAUUUCAUAUAGUUUUCGGUCGUUUUUCUAGCAAGCACAUUUCAAUUCGUUUUUAAAAUUAGUUGAGUUUAAAUAAAAAAAUUUACGUUUCACAAAUGGAGGAGGAUAACAAAGAGCUGCAGGUUGGCGAUGGCAUGGGCAUGUGCUGCUGCAACUGCAAACAGAAGUUGAGUCCCCGCCAGCUGUUCGACGACAAUGUGGAGGACAUUGCCAAGAGCCUGGCACAGGUAAUGCUGAUCUGUGGCAUCAGCACGGCAAAGUGCUGCCAGGCGAGGUCCAUCAUCAAGCGUUCGUUUGUGUACCACGAAAAGUUGAGGACGCAGUGCAGCCCGAAUGCGGGACCAGAGUCGCGUCUCAAUCGGGACGACAUGCUGCAGGCGUUGCGCAUCAAGUGCGAGAUGGAGAGCGUCGAGGCCAUGCUCUCGUAUUCGAUCAUCAAGCGGGCGUUCAAGGCCUUCUUCCAUGGAAAGCCACCGGUGACGCUGAGCAAUCCGGUUGUGGAUGCCAUGGCCAUACACAGGCAGCAGCCGGCCUGGAUGCAUGCCGCCUACAAGACGUCCAGGAUCUUCGACAACUAUCACUCGGCGUUCUUUUGGGCGCACAAGUCCUAUGAGAAGCAGAUCAAUGCGAUCUACUCGGCGCUCUACAGUCGCAUGAGUGCCCGUUGCAAUCCGCUGGCGGUGUCGCUGUGCCCCUGUCGUGGCUGCCUCAAGCAGAAGGUGCCCGGUGCUCCAACGAGCCGCGAGACGCGUGUGCCCCUCAAGUUCACGCUCAAGGAGAGCUGUGAUUUGCCCAAGGACUGCAUUCUGUGCGGGCUGCAGGUGCCACCGCAAAUGACGGCGGGCUCCAAGGUACAUGUGCAGCUGCCACGUCCCAUACGCAAUGGCGAGGUGAAUCUGCCGCGCUGCGAUGAGUGCAACAGUCCGUUGCUCAUCUGCGAGUGCAACAUCGAUCAGGUGACGGGUGAGCAGUACGGGGAAUGCGGCCAGGACUCGUACAAGGUGAAGUGGUAUCGCCUGGAGGAUGAGCAGCCGCAGCCCAAGCCCGUGUGGCCUUCGUGUGAGGGAUACACGGUACCAGGGUCCGAGGAGCAGAACAGCAGCACGGCACAGCCCACCGAGGAUUGGGAGAAUCAUCACUGCCCCGUGGACUGCCGACACGACAGCUGCAGUGAGGCCUCAAAUGUGUGCCCCGGCGAUGUGGGAUCAUCGAAUGUGUGCGAUGACGACGACUCCAGUGACGGCGGCUCCAGCUACCAAAGCUGCACAGAUCUGACGGACAAUAUGGUGGAUCAACUGGAGGAUUAUCUCAACAAACUGUGGGCCCAAGAGGUGGCCGAAAAGAAGAAUCCACAGACGUAUGUGGCCGGUACAAUCCGAGAGCCAGGACCAGCCUGUAAGCGUUGCAAGGAUUGAGCCGCCAGCCAGCUUCACACUGUAUUUGCUCCUUUUGUCUAAGAUUUCGUUAACACAAGCAAUUCGAGUAUUCCUCUA